GGCACGUUUAUAUUCGCUGAGGAUCAGCUGACGCUCUGCAUUGCAGGCUGACUGCGGAGUCAGGAGGCGUCAUGUACUCCUUCUUGGUUCUGGCCAGCCUCCUGGGCGCGGCUCUCGCCAGCCCCGUCCUGGGCCUGAGAGAAUGUACCCGAGGCUCGGCCGUGUGGUGCCAGAACGUGAAGACGGCGUCUGACUGCGGGGCCGUGCAGCACUGCCUGCAGACCGUCUGGAACAAGCCGACCGUGAAAUCCCUUCCCUGCGACAUAUGCAAAGAUGUCAUCACUGCAGCCGGUGACAUGUUGAAAGACAACGCCACUCAGCAAGAGAUCCUCGUGUACUUGGAGAGGGCCUGCGACUGGCUGCCUAAGCCGAACAUGUCUGCCUCCUGCAAGGAGAUCGUCGACUCCUACCUCCCGGUCAUCCUGGACAUGAUUAAAGGACAAAUGAGCCAUCCCGGGGAGGUGUGCUCUGCUCUCAACCUCUGUGAGUCUCUUCAGAAGCACCUGGCAGAGCUGAAUCACCAGAAGCAGCUCAAGUCCAAUCAGAUCCCGGACCUGGAUAUGGCUGAGGUGGUGGCUCCCUUCAUGGCCAACGUGCCCCUCCUCCUCUACCCUCAGGACGGGCCCCACAGCAAGCCCCAGCACAAGGCUGAUGGGGACGUUUGCCAGGACUGCAUUCAGAUGGUGACUGACGUGCAGACUGCUGUGAGGACCAACUCCAGCUUUGUCGAGGCCUUGGUGGACCACGCCAGGGAGGAGUGCGACCGCCUGGGGCCUGGCAUGGCCGACAUGGUGUGCUGUCCCCGCCGCCAGCAGGGUGGUUGCCCAGGGGAAGCCACGCGCCUGGCUUGUAAGAGGCUCACCCGGGAUGCCUUCCUUACUUUGUGCAAGAACUAUAUCAACCAGUAUUCGGAAAUUGCCAUCCAAAUGGUGAUGCAUAUGCAGCAGGAUCAGCAACCCAAGGAGAUUUGUGGGCUGGUUGGGUUCUGUGACGAGGUGAAGGAGAUGCCCAUGAAGACUCUGGUGCCUGCCAAGGUGGCCUCGGAGAACGUCAUCCCUGCCCUGGAGCUGGUGGAGCCCAUAAAGAAGGAUCCGGUCCCGGCGAAGGCUGAUAUUUACUGUGAGGUGUGCGAGUACGUGGUGAAGGAGGUGGUCAAGCUGAUUGACAACAACAGGACCGAGGAAGAAAUAAUUCAUGCUUUGGACACCGUGUGCUCGAAGCUGCCCUCGUCCUUAUCCGAGGAGUGCCAGGAGGUGGUGGACACUUACGGCAGCUCCAUCCUGUCGAUCCUCCUGCAGGAGGCGAGCCCUGAGCUGGUGUGCAGCAUGCUCCAUCUCUGCUCCAGCCGGGGGCUGCCUGCGCUGACCGCACACGUGAUGCCACGGAAGGACGGUGGCUUCUGUGAGGUGUGCAAGAAGCUGGUGACCUAUUUGGAGCACAACCUGGAGAAGAACAGCACGAAGGAGCAGAUCCUUGCUGCCUUCGAGAAAGGCUGCAGCCUCUUGCCUGACCCGUACCAGAAGCAGUGUGAUCAGUUUGUGACGGAGUACGAGCCCGUGCUCAUAGAGAUCCUGGUGGACGUGCUGGACCCUUCCUUUGUGUGCCUGAAAAUUGGAGCCUGUCCCUCAGCCCGUAAGCCUCUUGUGGGAACUGAGAAGUGUGUCUGGGGCCCGAGCUACUGGUGCCAGAACAUGGAGUCGGCAGCCCUGUGCAACGCUGUCGAGCAUUGCAAGCGUCACGUGUGGAACUAGAAGGCACGGUCUGUCUUAGAGAAACUGCAGUAUCUUUCCCUGCUUGUGUCUGGGGGAACGAACACACAGAUCUGUUGGCUUUGUUGUUAUAAAAACGAUAGGAGCCCUCUCCCUCAGUCCCUUUCUUCUCGCCCUCAUCUUAGCAUCGCUGUCAGCAGGCCGCUGGCGUAGCUGCUUCAGUGUCCCUUUCCUCCCUGCUACAUGGAUGCUGACAUACCGUACACUGGAGGUCUCUUGAGUCUGUCCCUGCAUGGUGGUUACCCGGAGGAGACGGGGCUCUGGCUGUGGGCAUGAGCCAGAGCCUCUUGACUGAGGUUGUCCGUCCUCCUGCAUGGGCCUUGGGUGCUAAGGCCUCCGGAGGCCUGCUCUAAGCAGGGACCUUCCCGCCUCGUGGGCCUGCUGAUCUGCCAGACAGAGGCAGUUUUAUAGGAAAUAUGAGAGGCUCAGAAUAAUUAUUAGGCUUUUUAAACAAACAAUGUGGUUCUCACUGUAAUAGAGCUGCUGGAAGCAGCCGCUCAGGAGACCUGGUGGGGCCGGGCUUGCUACCGUUGGGUCAGCCUUUGAUUCGGCUUUCCUGUCUUUCUUUCCUGGUUGAUGCCGUGUUUGGAGUUCUGUGGUUUGGGGUGGGAGGGGAAAAAACCUGCAUGAAUAUAACCUGCUAGCUCUUUGUGGAGGUCCUGGGGGCCUGCUUUUGUGCGUGUGGACAGUGGUGACUGCGUCAUGCCUGCUCUUGUGUCCACCCUGCUGCUCAGCGCCCCCGUUGCUCUGGGCGGUACAGCCCCCUCCCCCCCCCCCCCCCCCCCCCCCCCCCCCCCGUAGAUGGUUUUUCUGACCUGCAAAUAAAUGUGGAUGACAAGCUCCUAAGCCUCUGGCUUCCAGGUAGAGGGGCUGCUGCCCUGGGGCCUCAGCCGUCGCCCUGCCUUCUCUCCAGUUUGGCUGCAUCCUCUCCUCCACUUCCAGUUGCCAGGAGACAGCAAGACGUGCAGUUGCUAUUAAAUGAACUUACCAAUUUUGUUUGUUUUGCACUAAAAUUUCUGUGAUUUAACAAUAAAGUCUGUCAACCAGA